AAAAUUCAAACUUUUCAAUAGUUUUUUGAAAUCCUGUCAAAACACAAACUCUCAAUAAUGGCCAACAAAUUCUUUGUUCUCGCGAUCGCUUUCGCGUUCAUCGCCGCCGUCGCCGCCAUCAGUGGUGUGAAAGACUGGGCCGGAAAUUACUACGACCUCACCACUGGCCAGUACUCCAGCUCAUUGACUGGUCGCGUGUACAACACGUACGGAGCACCGGCUGUUGUGGCCGCUUCGCCCUACGCUUCGCCCUACGCUUACGCCGCACCACUUCACGCACCUCUGGCCGCACCUCUUGGCUACAGCGCCUACACCUAUGCGGCGCCCUAUCCUCUGGCCUACAACUCCCUACUCCUCAAGAAGUAGACGUAUUCCCCGAUUACUUCUCAUUAAGACAUCAAUUUUCUCAGCAUUUGAUACCUAAGUCUAAAAACUUCUAAAUUAAACAAAUUCGUGUCUUUAAAUCGUUGUAAAUAUAUAAUUGGUUUACAAUAAAAAUGUAGUUAAUAGCAAAAA